UGGCAUCAUAACUAAUUCCUUUCAUUCCUAAACACAAAUCAGAUGUUUGUUUCUAUUUAUGAAAUGGUACCCACUGAAAUGAUCUGUUAGGAAGGCAUUUCUUCAAGGCUCCCUCCAGUUGAGGGAUAAAUAAUUAUGGUAAUGGAGACUCCGCUAGAUGUACUGUCAAGAGCCGCUUCCUUAGUGCAGCCUGACACAAGGGAAAAAGCAGAGACGGACGCAGGUGAGGAAUCACCAAAGGUGAUGCCUUCAGCAGAAAACAGAAGAAAACGAAAUCUUGAAAGACGAGACAUUUCUCAAGCGUUGAAUUUUGAUGACGGCCGUCUUGAAAAACUCUCGUCGGUGAAGACAGCGGGAACACAAACGUCUCCAUUAAACCCAGUGGCCACUACAAAAUCAAGAAUUGAUUCUGGGCCCCCUCCUCUCAUCUCAAUUGUUCCAAAACCAGAAGACUCUGGAUACAUGCACUCUCAUCUUCCUCCACACUCCCGGCCAUCUGUAAUCACAUCCACCAAUAUUAUUCGCAGGCCAGUUGGUUUUAUGGCUCCAUCUCACCUUUAUGGUCCUACAGAAAUGUUUUGUUACCCAGGUCCUCACAGACGCGAAAUUGUGGAAUCAGGAAUCAUUGAUCCUUUUGUUGAAGAACACUUUCGUCGUAGCCUUGGUGAUGACUACAAAUGUGUCAGCCCAACAGCAAUGUCUACAGCAGGUUCAGUUGAUGACCAUUUCGCAAAGGCUCUUGGAGACACAUGGCAGAAAUUAAAAAAACCUGAAGUAUCAACUCAGUCUUCAAAUCCACCUCAACUGCAAUCAAUUGUGUCACCUGCUAACUAGCUCUGUAUUUUUUAUAUGUAUUUUCUUAAGUAUGUACUAGGGUUUAUCAUGUAGUGGUUCUGUGUCCUUGUCCUAAUGCUAUGUAUCACAAAUUCAUUGCAUGCAUGAUUUGUCAAUUCUAGCAUUAACAUUAAUUCAUGAUUUCCUUUUUGUAAGUCUGAACUUUUGCAGACUUUCAAGCUGAUGAAAUUAUCAAUAGGCUUACUUUAAUUUGUGAAGAUAAAUCAUUUUAAAUGUAUCCAUUAUUUGUUGAAAACUUGUGUUAUUUAGCUAUGGCAUAAGGGCUUGCAAUGAUGCAAUCCAUGCAUGAACAUGUGCUAUGUACAUGUUUAGUUUUCUCAGCUGAUUUGUACUGUGCAUGUCACCUCAGGUAUUGUGAAUGUUAAGGUCCACAUGCAUAUUUAAUGAGCAGUUUAGAAAUUAAGAAUUUCUAAAGGCAUUACUUAUGAUCUUCAAGAACAGCAACUAUGUUUAAGCUCAUUUUCUGAGUUAAUUUAUGAGUGAAUGAAUCUCCAAUUCAUGUAACUGUUUCUACUCACUAUUACAGUCACUUAGAAGCAAAUGCAGGAAUAGUUUUUUCCUUAGAUUUCUUGCAUCAUUGAAGUGAGUUAUAUGUUGAAAGUCAUUUACCAAAGGCAAUUAACUCAAUUAAUCCUCUAACUCAAUUAAAAAAAAUUGUGUUUAAAACCUUUGUAAUCCAUUCAUUACUUUUGUAAUAGUAGUUUUUAAUUUAUUUUUUAACAAAUAUUUUGUCAGAUAUGAUGAUGUAGAGUAGAGAAGUUCACAAACAACCUAGAUCUCUCUUUAGUCAAACUUAUAAUACUAAGGCAUGUCGUCAACAUCAUCAAGGAAGUUUAUAAUGACAUGUCAUUAAGAAAAGGUCUGCAGACCCUUUUGUUAGUUUGAUUUUGAAAUGUUUGCUUUUUUAUAACAAUGGACAGGAGCUAAUUUGUCAGGUUGAAAUUUUUUUGUUCUUGUCAAUUAUGAGAAAGGUUCUUUAGGGCACGUCUUGGUAAGAGGAUGUUUGUUUUGCACGUUGUAGACACAGAGAAAAUCAAAUUGUUGAAUAUUGUUUAAAUGUAUCAUUUUAGGCAUGGAUUGAUGGGUCUGAGAUAUUUGGUGUUGGGGCAAGCAGUUUGAUAAAUUUUAAUUGAAAUAGUGAGCUAAGAGGUAAUUGUAAAUAUAGUGUGUACACAAGAGCUAUUUAAUAUAUUGUGUAGUAAUGUAAAUAUCAACAAGGUUGCUGAGAACUUCAUUAAACUUGAUUGACACCAUCAA